GUGAUUGUGAUAAGAACAGUAUAAAGUCCAAUGUGUGAAUAUCCACGAGCUCUUCGCUGUACGUUGAAAAUAUUGUGUUUCUCUAAAGUUUCCGAAGAAAGGAGACGUUUCCUUCUAAAGCAAAUAAAGCAGAAAAUUCAUAAUUGCUAUUACCGUUACUACGCUUCGUAUCUAACAAAGAGUACUACAAAGGUAUCCUUGAUAACAAUACACCUAACUCCGACUUUGAAGAACACGACAAUAGCAGUAGCUGCGAAGAUUAGAUGA